CCCAAAAGGCCUCUUUUUUUUUUUGGGAUUCAAAACUAAAGGGAGUUAGCAUACAAUACAAGACAAGAGAAGACGUUAUCUUGAAUAUCUGGUUUUGAAAGAAAACCAAAACCAAAACCAAAAGACUUUCUUCUUCGGGUUAGCUGUUAGAAAACAGCAAGCAAAAGGAGGAGAGAAAAGGGAGAGAAAGAUUAGAGAAUGCCAACGUUGAACCUCUUCACAAACGUCCCGGUUGACCCAGUUCUCGCCUCCGACAUUCUCAAAGACGCCACCAAAGUUGUUGCUAAAAUCAUUGGCAAACCUGAGUCUUAUGUGAUGAUUUUGAUAAAUGGGGGAGUGCCAAUUGCAUUUGCCGGCACUGAAGAACCUGCUGCCUAUGCGGAAUUGAUUUCUAUUGGGGGCCUUGGACCGAGUGUCAACGGAAAAUUGAGUUCAACGAUUGCGGAAAUCCUGCAAACCAAGCUUUCCAUAGACAGCUCUCGCUUCUAUAUCAAAUUCUAUGAUGCUCAGCGACCGUUCUUCGGAUUUAAUGGCUCGACGUUCUGAGCAUCCUUGUCUGAAACCAUGUACUCAAAGUUGGAGGGUGGAUUGCUCUUACCUUUAAGUUGUAAUUUUCCUUGAGAUCUAGUUGUCUACAUUUCUCUGUGUUGCUGAUGAAAUUUUUAACUUUUGUUCAAACAGGAAAAAUGUAAUUAUACUGAC